AUCUCCUCACACCGUCAGCCUCCGCCCAACACACGGGCCACUGCUGUGCUCCGUAACCGACAACCAUGACGGACAAUAUCCCGUUACAGCCCGUACGGCACAAAAACCGACACGACGGUAAACGCAGAGACGGGUGCUGCCCAUGGUCGCGAUGCUGUGGUGGCGGCGAUUUUCGACCUCGGACCGUCUGGUUAGGCCAUCCGGAAAAGAGAGAACAGAGGUACCCAAGAAACGUCAUAAACAACCAAAAAUACAAUUUCUUCACCUUCUUGCCUGGGGUGUUAUUCAACCAGUUCAAAUACUUCUUCAACCUUUAUUUUCUGCUGUUGGCUUGCUCUCAGUUUGUCAAUGAGCUCAGACUGGGUCCGCUCUACACAUACUGGGUUCCUCUGGGGUUUGUAUUGAUUAUUACAAUUGUGAGGGAAGCCGUCGAAGAGAUCCGAUGUUAUCUGCGAGACAAAGAGGUCAAUUCACAGAUCUACAGCAAACUGUCCACAAGAGGAACGGUGAAGGUAAAAAGCAGUGGCAUCCAGGUUGGAGAUCUUAUCCUUGUUGAAAAGAACCAGCGUGUUCCAGCUGACAUGAUUUUUCUGAGGACUUCUGAAAGAAAUGGCUCCUGCUUUUUGAGGACUGAUCAAUUGGAUGGAGAGACGGAUUGGAAACUGCGCCUCCCAGUAGCCUGUACGCAGAGAUUACCCACAGCCGCAGAUCUACUGCAGAUCAGAUCGUACAUUUAUGCUGAAGAGCCAAACAUUGACAUCCACAACUUUAUUGGUACCUUCACCAGAGAAGAUGGAGAUCCUCCGGUCAAUGAGAGUCUCAGCAUUGAAAACACUCUUUGGGCCAGUACUGUCGUUGCAUCUGGCACCGUGGUCGGAGUGGUGAUUUACACCGGUAAAGAGCUGAGGAGUGUGAUGAACACCUCAAACCCGAGACAUAAGAUUGGACUGUUUGAUCUGGAGGUGAACUGCUUGACGAAGAUCCUGUUCGGUGCUUUGGUCGUAGUGUCGCUGGUCAUGGUGGCUCUUCAGCAUUUUGCCGGCCGCUGGUAUCUCCAAAUCUUCCGCUUCGUUCUGCUUUUUUCCAACAUCGUGCCCAUCAGUUUGCGUGUGAAUUUGGACAUGGGGAAAAUGGUGUUCAGCUGGAUGAUCAAGAAAGAUUCAAAGAUCCCGGGGACGGUCGUGAGAGCAAGCACCAUACCAGAACAGCUGGGCCGUAUCUCUUAUCUCCUUACAGACAAAACUGGGACCCUUACUCAGAAUGAGAUGGUGUUCAGGCGACUUCAUCUUGGGACCGUGGCGUACGGGAUGGACUCAAUGGAUGAAGUGCAGAGCCACGUGUUCAGUGCUUAUACUCAGCCUCCCCAAGACCAGGCUUCCCGUGCCCCAGCUGCCACCAAAGUGAGGAAGACCAUCAGCAGUCGAGUGCACGAGGCAGUGAAGGCCAUCGCGCUGGUGCACAACGUGACCCCGGUGUACGAAUCCAACGGUGUGACAGACCAGGCCGAGGCCGAACAACAUUAUGAAGACACCUGUAGGGUUUAUCAAGCAUCCAGUCCAGAUGAGGUUUCUCUGGUUCAGUGGACAGAAAGUGUAGGUCUGACUCUGGUUGGGAGAGAUCAGUCGUCCAUGCAGCUGAGGACACCUAGUGGACAAAUCCUCAACUUCACUAUACUGCAGAUUUUUCCUUUCACAUACGAAAGCAAACGCAUGGGCAUCAUAGUGCGUGAUGAAUCCACCGGAGAGAUCACGUUUUACAUGAAGGGUGCAGACGUCGUGAUGGCCGGAAUCGUUCAAUACAAUGACUGGCUGGAGGAAGAGUGUGGAAAUAUGGCCAGGGAAGGCCUGCGGGUGUUGGUGGUGGCCAAGAAAUCACUUACAGAAGAACAAUACCAAGAUUUUGAGUCUCGCUACGUCCAGGCCAAGCUGAGCGUGCACGAUCGCUCGCUGAAGGUUGCCACUGUGAUUGAGAGUUUGGAGAUGGAGAUGGAGCUUCUGUGUCUUACUGGAGUGGAGGACCAACUGCAGGCCGAUGUCAGACCCACACUGGAGAUACUGCGCAACGCUGGCAUCAAAGUUUGGAUGCUGACUGGGGACAAAUUGGAGACGGCGACCUGCACAGCCAAGAACGCCCACCUUGUGACCCGCAACCAGGACAUCCAUGUGUUUAGGCCUGUAACCACUCGAAGUGAAGCUCACCUUGAGCUCAACGCCUUCAGGAGGAAACACGACUGUGCUCUGGUGAUAUCAGGAGACUCUUUAGAGGUCUGUCUUAAGUAUUACGAGUAUGAGUUUAUGGAGUUGGCGUGCCAGUGUCCGGCCGUCGUGUGUUGCCGCUGCGCCCCGACACAGAAAGCUCAGAUAGUUCGCCUGCUGCAGGAACGCACUGGCAAACUCGCCUGUGCUGUUGGGGACGGAGGAAAUGAUGUCAGCAUGAUCCAGGAAGCAGACUGUGGCGUGGGAGUGGAGGGCAAAGAAGGGAAGCAGGCGUCUCUAGCUGCAGAUUUCUCCAUCACUCAGUUUAAGCACUUGGGCAGACUGCUGAUGGUACACGGCCGUAACAGCUACAAGCGUUCGGCGGCCCUGAGCCAAUUCGUCAUUCAUCGCAGUCUCUGCAUCAGCACCAUGCAGGCUGUGUUCUCCUCGGUCUUCUACUUUGCAUCCGUUCCACUUUAUCAAGGUUUCCUCAUUAUCGGGUACUCCACUAUCUACACAAUGUUUCCUGUAUUCUCUCUGGUUUUGGAUAAGGAUGUCAAAUCUGAGGUGGCCAUGUUGUAUCCUGAACUUUAUAAAGAUCUUCUGAAGGGUCGACCUCUCUCGUUCAAAACCUUUUUAAUAUGGGUGUUGAUCAGUAUCUACCAAGGAAGCAUCAUCAUGUAUGGAGCUCUGUUGCUGUUCGAGUCAGAGUUUGUGCACAUUGUGGCGAUCUCUUUCACCUCUCUGAUCCUGACCGAGCUUCUGAUGGUGGCCCUGACCAUUCAGACGUGGCAUUGGCUGAUGAUUGUCGGCGAGCUCCUCAGUCUGGCCUGCUAUAUCGCUUCUCUGGUCUUCUUACACGAGUUCAUCGAUGUGUAUUUCAUCACCACCCUGUCUUUCGUCUGGAAGGUCACGGUUAUCACUUUGGUCAGCUGCCUGCCUCUCUACAUCCUCAAAUAUCUGCGGCGACGGUUCUCCCCACCCAGCUACUCCAAACUGACCUCUUAAAGACCAACGUACCAGCCCUCGCAUCUCCAACCUCCAAACUUCUGCUUUGGUAAUUUAAUCGGAACUCCCUAAAGCUAAAAAUGCAGGUGUGGUUUUAUUUAUCUAGUAAGUUUUACUAGAUUUUUGGAUUUAGGCGUAUUCUUGAUAGUCAGUGUUAAAGAGCAGACUCACCGAGAGUCAUUCAGUCUGAAUCAUCCCAUUUCACUACAGUUUAACUUUCAGUGAAUCACUCUCACUAGGGAAGACUAAACAAACUGGUUUGCUUUGGGAUUUAUCCUCGACAUAAAGGGAAGUCUGGGACGGUUUUCUAUAAUUAAUCAUGUGUUGUUGUUGUUAUGCAUCUCAAGUUUAUUUCUUUUGUAUUUAUAUUCUCAUGAAAAGGAGAAAUUUGCACAAUGAUAGGGGAAUAUGGAAACUGGAAUUAAAUUAAUAAGUUAUUUUAUGGUCUUUUGGUACAUUUUUAUUUUUAUUUUUCUAAAACUACUGAACAUUAUUAUUUAAUAACUUUAAAAAGUCUUCAGAUUAGGUGAAAUAAAAAAACUAUCUAUUGUACAGCUCCACAAAACACAUAUUAUAAUGUAGUAAUAAUAAUAAUAAUUAUUAUUAUUAUUAUAAUGUAACAUUAUGUGUCUGCGUGUUUGUGCAUGCACAACCUCACUAACUAGGUUAACUGGAAGCCAUUAUCAGAUUCAGAUGUCUUGAUCGUCUUAAACCGAUACUCCAGCCAAAUAUCAAAAUUACACUGCAAAAAAUUAUUUUCAAGAAAACAUUUUCUUUGUAUUUUUGUCUUGUUUUCAGUAAAAAUAUCAAAAAAUUCUUAAAUUAAGAUGCUUUUUCUUGAUGAGCAAAACGACCCAAGAAAACAAGUCUAGUUUUUAAUCCAAAAAUAUCACAUUUAAAAAAAUUUGUGCAAAAAUCAAACAAAAAAAAUCUGCUAAUGGGGUAAGCUAAUUUUUCUUGAAUUUUUCUUGAUUUUUUUUAUUUUAUUUUAGAUAUUUUUACUGAAAACAAGACAAAAAUACGAAGAAUUUUUUUUCUUGAAAAUCAUUUUUUGCAGUGUAGCCCAUGAUUUACUUACCAUCAAGCAAUCCAUCACCUUUAGACGAACACAUUUGGAGUUAUUUUAAUAAAUGUCCUUCCUCUUCCAAGCUUAUAAUGCAAAAAACUCAUUGGCGUCAUUACCGGAAGCUAGUUAUUACACUGCAAAAAAUUAUUUUCAAGAAAAAAAAUCAAAUUUAAGUGAUUUUGUGCAUAAAAAAGGCAAAAAAAUCUGCGAAUGGGGUAAGCAAAUUUUUCUUGAAUUUAAUGUUUCAGAAAAAUUUUCACGAUUGAACGAUUUUUUUGCUUGCUUUAUGCACAAAAUCACUUAAAUUUUAUAUUUUUUUGUCUAAAAACUAGACUUAUUUUCUCUGGUCGUUUUGCUCAUCAAGAAAAGGAUCUUUAAGAAUUUUUAGAUAUUUGUACUGAAAACAAGACAAAAAUACUUUUUUUUAAAUCAUUUUUUGCAGUCUAUAGUUUAAAAAGUUUCAAAUAUGAAUAUUUUUCUUAUAAAAUCGCAUCGGUUACCUGCAAAAACACUGUAUUACCCUUUUUAGCCAUGUGGAUUACCUUUGUGAAGGAUGAAUGCACUUUUUGAGGGUUUGAAGUCAGAAGUUGACUGAUUCCUGUUUGCUACCAUUAAUAAACCAUAUAUCACAGAUUACUUGAGGGGUAAGUACAUCAUGGGCUAAUUUCGAUUUUUAGCUGGAGUAUCCCUUUAAAAGCAUGAACGUCUGCUUGUACAAAAACGUUUGUCCUCUUUUGUGGUGACCUCUGACGUUAAACAUGGUCACUUUUGUACCCUGACCUCCUCAGUUGACCGGGGUUUUGACCAUUACACCUACACACAGUUGGGUUGUCUUAUAAAACAUUCAGUCGGUGGAUUAAAGGGCAAAAUCUUAUGAUGCAUCUUAGCGUUCCAUGUUUUUUUAUGUGUCUUUAUGAGACUUUAUGAGACAUAAGCCAGUGUGCAUCUUGAUGUGUGUUUGUAAAUGAUCCUCAAAAAAGUGACCUGCACUUACCAUUACUCACUAUGUGUCUGUGUUUGCAGUAAUUGUGCCAUAUUCGCUCAUCUGCACACCGUUCUUUUGGUAAAUGCGCUUAUUUUAUUUAUUGUAAGUCUCUUUGCAUGGAAGAGAAUUUGUACAGAUGUGAUGUGGACUCUCGUUGUCAUGAAUUUCAUCUGACUACUUUGUCGUUGACUGUUUUUUAUGAUUGGUACUAAUUCAUUUAAUAAUGUAUUGUAACCUACUGAACUGUAAA